AUAGGCCGCACAGGACCGUACACGCACACGAUCCAACCAUCUUCAGCGCCGGAUCUCGCAGCUCCAACGCACCCCAUUCGGAGCCAUGAUACGAGAGGUGUGGGCGCCCAACCUCGACAUCGAGAUGCGGAGCAUCCGCGAGCUCAUCGAGAAGUAUCCGUAUGUCGCGAUGGACACCGAGUUUCCGGGCGUCGUAGCCCGGCCAAUAGGGGCGUUCAAGACCUCCUCCGACUACCACUACCAGACCAUGCGGUGUAACGUCGACCUGCUGAAGAUCAUCCAGGUCGGCCUCACCAUCGCGGACGAGGACGGGAACUACCCACAAGACGUGUCCACGUGGCAGUUCAACUUCCACUUCAGCAUCAAUGACGACAUGUACGCGCCGGAGUCCAUUGAGCUGCUGCAGAAGUCGGGGAUCGACUUUCAGCGGCACGAGGAGAUGGGAAUACUGCCGAACGAUUUUGCAGAGCUGAUGAUCACGUCGGGGCUCGUGUUGACGGACGAGACGAAGUGGAUAUCGUUCCACAGUGGUUAUGACUUCGGGUACUUCAUCAAGCUCCUCACGGCGCUCUCUCUGCCCACGACAGAAGACACGUUUUUCGAGGUCCUGCAUACAUGGUUCCCAACGAGUUAUGAUAUCAAGACCAUGAUGCGCGCGUCGAAAACCUUGAAGGGAGGGCUGCAGGAUGUCGCGGACGAUCUAGGCAAAAUCUCGAACACGCAGAUCAUGCGGAUAGGCCCAUCGCACCAAGCCGGCUCGGACUCGCUCCUCACCGCGUCCACGUUCUUCAAGAUGCGCGAGCUGUACUUCCACGACCGGAUAGACCACGACGAGUACAACGGGAAGCUCUACGGGCUCGGCGAGACGUUCACGCUCUCGAACGGAAUCCCAGAUCCUGGGAGAGGGGGCGCUACGAUCGCGGAACGGGACGACCGGGGUCCCUCGCGGGAUGCGCAGAACCAGGGGGGUGCGGGGCAUGGGCAGGGCCAAGGCGUCGGCAUGGUCAUGUCCCUGCCGACCCCUGCUCUGGGCGGCGCGAUGCCGACGCCGUUGCCGCCGAACGCGAGCUACGGCCCCAUGGGCGCGAACGGCUCGUUUAUACGGACGGCGAUCGGCGUGGGGGGAGGGGGCAGAUAGGCCCCCCGUCGUCCGUCGUCCGUCGUCUGUUUUUGCUUCUGUAAGGGACUUUUCUACUCUUCUGCUGUUCUCAGUAUGGGUGGGGGUGGGGCCGCUGUUCUCUCUGUGAUUCUGUAUCUAUUCGAUUGUAUCAAGUGUUACUGUCCUGUUUUUUAUUC